AUGGCCGGUAUGGAUCAGGUCAAAGAAACUGUGAAUGAGUUAGUCACUAGGAGACACCUCAACUACGCUCGUGAAAUGGAAGGAAAGGAGCCUCUAAAAGGGACCUUCAAUCACGUCUUUCUGGGUCCACCGGGCACGGGAAAAACAACCGUUGCUACUCUCUUUGGGCAGAUCAUUGCGGACCUUGGGUAUAUUGAGGACAGUAAGGUGGUGAUAAAGAAACCUACCGACUUUCUGGGCCAGUAUGUCGGUCAGUCAGAGGACAUGACUAGAGACAUUUUGGAUGAGACCGAAGGCAAGGUCUUGAUCAUCGAUGAAGCUCAUAUGUUCUACCACGGUUCCGAGCACGGCACGGACAAAUCCGACAUCUUCCGAAAGGGUAUCAUCGACACAAUAGUCGCCCAUGUCGACAAUGAGCCCGGCAGCAAUCGAUGCAUCAUCCUGAUGGGCUAUCCGGACCGAAUGAAGGAGUUCUACCGCAACACCAAUCCUGGUUUCCAAAGGCGAUUUCCCUUAGACACUGCAUUCGUGUUUGAGGAUUACGAUGACAAGGCCCUGCACAAGAUCAUGGAUAUCAUGCUCGCCAAGGACGAGAUCACAGCCACUCCGGAGGCUAAAGACGUGGCUAUGGAAGUCCUUCGAAGAGAGCGCGAUCGUCCGAACUUCGGUAAUGGAGGUGCAGUACGCAAUCUUAUCAGUCGAGCGCAGGUCACAUACAGCAAGCGCAUUGCGUUACAUGCGAAGGAAAACCCGCAGCCAGGAAACGACAGUCCCCUUCACGUGACUGAAGCGAGCCAGAUAGUGCUAGAGCCGCAGGACUUUGACUCGGAAUAUGAUCGUGGACUCCGAGCCAACAAAGAUUUCCGGUCUUUAUUCAAGGACCUCGUUGGAUUUCGAGACAUCACCGGGAUCUUUGAGGGUUACCAGAAAAUGACAGCGAACAUGAAACAGCACGGCCUUGACCCGCGUGAGGAGAUCCCGUUCAGCUUUGUCUUCAAAGGUCCACCAGGUACAGGCAAGACUACGACAGCUCGAGCCCUAGGCCAUAUCUACCAUUCCAUGGGUUUCCUUUCUACGACUGAAGUCAUGGAUUGCUCUGUAACCGACCUGGUUUCGAGUAACGGCCUUACGGGCCAAAAGGUGCAGAACCUACUUGAACGCGGCCUCGGUAAAGUUCUAUUCAUUGACGAAGCUUAUCGCAUGGGCCAGAGGGAUCUGACUGGUGCUUUCAUCAGCCGUCUUGCGCAAGAAGCUGUUGGAGAGCUAGUUGAUUGUAUAACGAAAGAGAAAUUUGCGGGAAAAUUGGUGAUUGUUCUAGCAGGCUAUGAGAAGGACAUGGAUCAGCUCAUGAGUACGAAUGAAGGAUUGCGCGGCCGAUUUACCGAGAUGAUGUUCCCUAACAUGAGACCGAAGGACUGUCUGCGACUUCUUCAGAAGAAGUUGGAGCAUAGGAAGAUUUCGAUUCUUCAUUCGGGCGGGAAGCAGGUACUGGACAAGGUCAUUGGCUUGUUUGACAAACUCAGCAAGACGGAGGCGUGGGCGAAUGCUCGUGAUGUGGAAAGUAUAGCCAAACGCAUCACGCGUCGGGUGUUUAUGAAGGAGCUCCCUACUCAGGGCACGCUGGACAUUACGCUGGAGGAGAUCGCUGCAGUCUUGAAACAACUCUAUCAGCAGCGAAGACCACAGAACGUCGGCGACGAAUCUUAA